AUGAUAAUUAUUGCUGUUGAUUGCUGUGAGACUUUUCUUGGAAGGAACAGGUCCACUUCAGUUUCUGAAAACAUUGUGUGUUUGUCUGCGUUCGUGGGUGUGGAUAACUUUGGGUCUUCACCUCAGUCGAAUCGGCCUUGGCAGGCUGUGGGGAUAGUUCCCUCACCUACUCAGCUGGGUGGCCUUCAAAGGAUCACAUCAAUCACAGGCUUGCCUUUUUCUUCUUUCUUAGGCAUCAACAAAAAACAGCUGGGUGUCUGUGGCUGGAUUCUGUUUUCCCUUUCUCUCCUGUUGAUGAUCAUUACCUUCCCCAUCUCCAUCUGGAUGUGCUUGAAGAUCAUUAAGGAGUACGAGCGUGCUGUUGUAUUCCGGCUGGGACGCAUCCAAGCUGACAAAGCCAAGGGACCAGGUUUGAUCCUGGUCCUGCCCUGCAUAGAUGUGUUUGUCAAAGUUGAUCUCCGAACAGUUACCUGCAACAUUCCUCCGCAAGAGAUCCUCACCAGAGACUCUGUGACUACUCAGGUGGAUGGAGUUGUCUACUACAGAAUCUACAGCGCUGUCUCAGCAGUGGCUAAUGUCAAUGAUGUUCACCAAGCCACAUUUCUGCUGGCUCAGACCACUCUGAGAAAUGUCUUAGGGACACAGACCUUGUCCCAGAUCUUAGCAGGGCGAGAAGAGAUUGCCCACAGCAUCCAGACCUUGCUUGAUGAUGCCACAGAGCUGUGGGGGAUCCGGGUGGCCCGAGUGGAAAUCAAAGAUGUCCGGAUUCCCGUGCAAUUGCAGAGAUCCAUGGCUGCUGAGGCUGAGGCCACCCGGGAAGCCAGAGCCAGGGUCCUGGCAGCAGAAGGAGAAAUGAACGCUUCUAAAUCUCUGAAGUCGGCCUCCAUGGUGCUGGCCGAGUCCCCCAUAGCCCUCCAGCUGCGUUACCUGCAGACCUUAACCACAGUAGCCACUGAGAAGAAUUCCACCAUUGUGUUUCCUCUGCCCAUGAACAUACUGGAGGGCAUUGGUGGUAUCAGUUAUGACAAUAACCACAAGAAGGUUAAUGACCGAGCCUGAGGUAGCCAGUACAUUGCUUAGAGAGUCCUUUGAAUCCUGUGGAGAAGCCAGCAGUUAGAGGCAGUGAAAAAUUACAGCACUAUUCAAACCACAGUAACUCCAUAGCUGGAAUAAUUAGCAGGGAAAAUGUGUAGAGGCUAUUCAAAAAAAAGAAGAAAAGAAAAACGAGGGUUGUAUAGUAGUAAUAAAACAUAAUCAACUUGGUAACAUUCUUAUAUAAUUAAUUAAUAGUCAUUCUGAGUUAUGGCAGGAAUUUUCUCACAGUAGUGAAGGAAAUCAUUGGUUCCUGGUGACUAAGAUUUCAAAAUUACUUUCUAAUUGUUUUAAAAGAAGUACUCUAGAUCACUUGUAAAGUAAAAUAAAUCUCAUAGGCAUACCACAUCCAAAGUAAUUACUUGCUAUAUCCCUGAUAGUUGCAGGAAAACCCCUCAAGGCUAAAAAUUACAAUUGCUUUUGAUGUUCAAGACAAAAUGUCCACUGCAAACACAACCCCAGCCCCACAGGACAAAUCGCACUCAGCUCAGGACACCAGAUCUCUUGCUGCCUUACAGGUCCUACUGGGAGGCCAAUUCCUAGCCUCCCAGGAUGGUUAUCAGAGGGCAGGAGAAGGCACAGCCAGGUGGAUCACUCUAGUGAAUUCAUUUGCUUUCAAGUGAGAAUGCUUAUGAAAGUCUUCGUAGGUGGAACCCCUGGGGAGUCCUGUCCUGUGGAUUUCAUGUUCCACUCUGCUGUUUGUCUCAAGAGUCACUCGCAGCCCAGAAUUGUUAGCAAAUUCUAUGCCAUUCCCU